CAGUGUCUGACAUACCGAAGGUUCGCGUACAGUGGUGUAUCACGCGGAUUCCCGAUCGUACGAAUUCUUUUCCACCACGUCGUUAAAUCUUCCGCGCGUUUCACGCAACAUUUCUUUCAUAUCGUUCCCAUUCACGACUCACGGACACAGGAAGAAAACGGAAAGGGAGAUUAAUGGAGCAGCGACGAGCGAGGCGCAAUUAAUUCCCGUAGUUCACAUGUCGCAUAAAUCGUAACGGAGGGCAAUUAUGAUACUCUCAAUCGUCCGACGAAUCCGAUGGUGUCGGCAUAGUUCGGUCUGUUUACUUUUUUCAUGAUCGAAGAGCAACGCCGCCCGAAAUCCGUGGUGUAGUAGCCAGUGUCGCAGGCCAGUGUGCAAAAUGAACGUUUCGUGUGCCGCUCCAAUUUUUCGGCAUUUCAAGAACGCCGGGAAACUCUUCUACCUGGUGAACCCUUACGAGACGACCUUCGAGUUUCCGCAACAGGUGCCCGACUAUCAUCAGCAGGUAUGGCUCCCGUUCUUCGUUCUUAUCAUAUUGGAGCAGAUUGUGUUGAUCUCGAAGAAAAAGAAAUUUCGUUUGAACGAUCAAGUGACGUCGCUGUCCCAUUGGUUGUUGCACGAGAGUGGCCGUAUCUUCUUCCGCAGCGCCGAGUAUUAUCUGUACAUCGUAAUUUACGAGAGAUACCGCUUCUGGAGUUUACCAUGGAGCUCGGCGUGGACUUGGUGCAUCACCGCGGUCGGAGUGGAUUUUUGUUACUAUUGGGUUCACCGCAGUAACCACGAGGUGCACUUUUUAUGGGCUCACCAUCAAGUACAUCACAGCAGCGAGGAGUUCACUCUCGCGGUUGGUCUGCGGCAAUCCAUAUUGCAACACUGGUGUAAUUUCGUAUUUUACUUACCCCUUGCCUUCUUCCUGCCACCGUCGCAUUUCAUCGUUCACAACCAAUUCAACUUGAUCUACCAAUUAUGGAUCCACACGACUCUCAUCGACGACCUCGGUCCGUUCGAAUUAAUAUUCAAUACCCCGAAACAUCAUCGUGUGCAUCACGGCUGCAAUUUGUACUGUCUGGACAAGAAUUACGGUGGCGUUCUGAUCAUAUGGGAUAAGCUGUUCGGCACGUUCAUGGAGGAGAAGGAAAAGGACGAAAUAAUUUACGGCCUGGUUGUCAGUCCUCAAUCGUUUAAUCCCCUGUAUUUACAGGUAUUCUACACCGUGCAGUUGGUGCAGAAGAGUUUGCGCAUGCAGUCGUUGACGGACAAAUUGGCAGUUUUCUGGAAAGGGCCCAGCUGGUUCCCUGGUGGACCUCGUUUGGGCCUCGACGAGUAUAAAAUAAAUGUCACGUCUAGAGUAAAAUAUGACACGACCGUGCCCAACUGGCAAAAUCUAUACACGAUCGUGCACUUUUGCCUGAUUUUGUACGGUCACUUUCAGUUGUACAAAACAGAGGAUGCGAAGACACUGUGUUCUGGUUUCACGAUUGUCAACGAUCUGCUCGUACUGACCACGAUCGGGCUGAUAUUCGACAAAUCGAAGUACGCUGGUGUCAUCGAACUGACACGAUGCCUCGUUUAUUUAAGUUAUUCAACGGUAUAUAAUUCAAUAAAUGUAUACAUAUAUUGUGCACACGUUGCGUCUUGUUGCGUUUGGAUAUCAUAUCUCCUUUGUCAAACGAAAUCGAAUGCCGCGGCUGCGAAAACGGAUUAGAAUCCUUUUAACAGGCUACGUGAUUUAUGUGUUAUUGUCUUCUUGCCGCAUUAAUAACUUACAUAAUAAAUCGUUCGCCGUUUAAUGUUAUUGUGCGUUUGCCGUGUCCGAUAGGGUAUCGCGGGUGAAACUGUUCCGACACGCCGAACCGAUGGACGCACGUGUUUAAUUACUUACCGAUCUACGCGUUCUUCAACCCCUUGCCCUAUGAUUUCUUCCUCAACUCUCAUCGACACGACUAAUUCGUCGUUAAGAAUUUUAUUGGAAAAAGAGACGAAUCCUAGGCAUACUCUAUGCCUAUGUUUCCUUUCGAGUAUAAUCAUUACAGAAGAAUAAUUAUUGACUUUGACUUCGAAUGAACCGAGUAAUAUUUGUGCUUGUUAAAUCAUGCUGAAAAUCUUCGCCACGAGUCUGACACGCUGUUAUAAGGCAAGGGAUUAACUGUUAACACGUUGACUGUCGCCGAUGACCGAAACUUUGAAAUUAUUGGAGAAUAAUUAUAACUUCUGAGAUAAUCUGACGUCAAAUAGAAAUGUUCGGUAGUCUGAAUAACUCGAUGAUAGUGUAACGAGAUACUUUUGUCAACGAAUAAUUAAUAAUUCUUCCUGCUUACGUUCGCUGCAGAGAAAUCAGUGAUAUACACGUCGAAGUUCUCGGUGGCAGUGAACGUGUUAACACAUUUGCGACCGGCAAAUUUGCUUUGCCAAUACUUAUUGCCGGUGAAAAUGAAGGAAACCUUAAGCUAAUUGCCGUGAACCUUGACAUUAAAGCGGAGAGAAAAAUUAGAGUAUUGGUUUUGAAAUGUUGGUCUUGUACCGAUCUUUGCUGUUACUCGAAACCGUUGCUCGAAAUGAAGAACUUUCCGUUAAACGGGUCGCUAAUGGAAAAGAGCAGAAGAAUCGAAUAUUUAGAAAGUUAUUUGAACAGACGCGAGGAGAAUGAAACUCGAAAAUUAUAUUUGAAAAGAUGAAUUCGCGUCGGCGGACGCGAAUGAGUUAAAAAAGAAAAAGGAAUCGAACGAAAACCGAAACGCGCGCAACGAGUAAAAGGAGAUCGAGAGAGAAUUGUAUUUUGCGUAUAAACGUCCCACAAGUAUUUAUUAUCAAUAAAGUAAAUGGUUUGUAUUA